AUUUUACACACUUGUAUUCAAAAUUCAAAACAGUGGUUUCUUGCCCAUGUUGUGCUCUUUUUUUCAAAACAGUCACAUAAGGUUUGUGCCUAAGCCCACUGAAUUCAGUGGAAAUCUUUCCAUUAAUAAGCAUUGGCUCAGCCUCUUACUGCAGUCCAAUUUCAGUGUAGGCAUAAAAUAACAGCAGAUGUUUAAUCUGAAAAGCCACUUUGCAGUGCUAGUACUCUAACACUAGCUAGCAUCUAUUUCUGUUGGGGUUUGUCUGAAGAAACUUCUGGUUUUGCCUAAAGGAAUGCAUUUUUUCUCCCACUGAUCACCUACACAAAUUUUUUGCACUCUUGCACCUAAGCAAUCAAGCUAGCAUUUACACCACUAACUGUUGUGUGAACCCUCUGGCAAAGUGCUUGAGAACAUAAACCUAAGCUUCUGAACCAUAGCAAAACAGUUCUGGUGUAUGGUGUCAUUGAAAAUGGAAAUGGUUCCACUAUGGCAGACCAUUCUCACAUGGCAGCUGUGUUUUGCUAAGCAGAAGAGCACUAUCAGCUAAACGGCAGCCUUGUCCCUAGCCUGCUGCUUUUCCUCCCAGUUGUCUUCCCUGACUCUGUGCAGAGCCCAUCUGGUCUGCUCAGAUCCCACUGCAUUCUCGUACAUAAUAAGAAGUAAAAGGGAAAGAUGUUUUUCUUAGAACUACUUAGAAUAUUUUUAGAAUACUAGAAGCUGCUAUUCAUCCACUGGACUGGUUUAACUCAACUGAGGAAUUAUCUAGUAUAAGCAGUAAUAAAAGUAGCUGUAAACCUACAUAACAGAUUAUAAUCUACAACUGAAGAUUUUCUUUAAGCCCUAAAACGCUUAUAUUUGUCACUAGACCCACUUAUGUGUACAGCAACAUUUAAAGAACAUUUACUCAAAGAAAGCAGAACAAAACAAACUUCAUACAUAUCUGAAUGAAUUUACUCUACAACUGAUUUGAAAGAUCUCUGAGGAAAAAAAAAAUCAGAGAUAAGAAAACCCUUAAGUACAUUUAUUUUAACUCAGGAAGAUGUCCUGUCUGUUAACUAAUGACUGGCAAUAAGAUUAAGGGUUGAUACAACACAUUCAGCAACUUUUAAUCCAAAUUUCAAUAUUAUAGAUGAUUUCCAAUUCAAUAUUGAUAAUGUCCCUUAAAACAUCACCAAAAUCAAACAGAGGGAGAGAAGCCAACAUCAUGAAUAAAAGGACUUUGCAAGUAGUGGGCUAACAUCUUUUAUGUAGUGCUAAUAGAAGAAGAGUAAGCACAAGCAAAAAUGGCUUAUGCCAUUUUACCAAUUCAGUGAUUUUUAAGUAAGCAAGCAUUUAAUUAACUCAUCACCGGUAGUAAAUGGACAGUAAAAAUGCAUACAGAAAUGCAUACAAGAGCCCACAAGUUUUACAGCAAACGCCACUUGGCCAUGCAAUGGUGAGAUUGUGCAUCAUGCCCACGUUGCUGCCACACCGCCCACACCGCCCCGCAGCCCACACAGCGGCCGGCAGCAGCUUCACGCUGCUGGCAGAGAGGAGCUGCCGCAGCGCUCACACACAGCACCCACGCACCGCGUCCACGCAGCCUGUCCCCAGCAUGGGGUGGGUGCAAGCACAGCUUGCUUUCUGCACCCGUGUUUUUCUUGCUCAAGGCAGCAAGCCAGCCCAACCGGCUUUGUUGCCCUGAUGGCAGCGCGGUGGUGACCCCGGCACCAUUUUCCACACAGGGGGCUGAGAGGCCACUCCAGGGGACGGACAGAGAGCCGGCUGAUGGCAAUGCGGCUGCUGAGGGCACACUGGGGCUCUGGGUGCCGGUGUGGAGCUCAGGGCGGCCUGCAGCCCGCGGUGCUCGGGGCGGCGCACGGAGCCGCCGAGAAGCAGUCGCCUGGUUGCCUAGGGAACCAGAUCUUGGCUAGAAAUAGUGAAUCAUUUCCAGGUCACUCUCAACAUGGAGAGUGGAGCGGGGAAGCACUGGACUGAGGAGGAGGUUAAAGCCUUGCUAAGCAUCUGGUCGGAGAAGAGCAUCAGGAAGCAGCUCCACGGCACCCUGAGGAAUAAAGGAAUAUUCAUCUACAUCGCCAAAAGGCUGCAGGAGUUAGGAGUUUGUAGAGAUUGGAAACAGUGCCGAGCAAAGUACAAAAACCUGAAGUAUGAAUACAGAACAGUUAAAUAUGCCCGCAACUCCGGGGAUGCCACUAAAACCAUGAAGUUUUUUCAUGACCUGGAUGCCAUACUGCGAUGUGAACCUGUCGCACACUUGGCUGCCGAGGGGAACAGCAGGUGCUCCACCACCGCACGGCUCAACGCCAGUCCCACCGCAGACAGCAGCCAAGGUGAAUUAUCAGUUUCUUUAGAAGACGAUGAGGAUGCACCAGGAGAUCCACUACUUUUUAUGUCACAUGUCAGACCAGUUCAACUAGGUAUAGUAUGAUGGAGCAGUGACCCAAAAUAGCUUUCCAAGCUUUCAGAGGAUUUUCAAUAGCUUGAAUAUGCCAUCAUUGUCUGAUCAACAAAGCUUUAAAAUAAUCACACCAUUCCACCUUCUCCUUCCUAGUCUUAGUACUUAGUAGUCUCGUGCAUCACUAAAUACUUUUCACUGCAUGUGAUAUGCCUCCUGUUCGACCCCCACUCCCACUCAAAAGACAUCCCAUGUUAUAGCUUAAUCAUAUUAACCAUAUUAGUUUUGUUAAAUGCUACUGGAAAGCACGCCAAGUGGUAGUGUGUGAUCCACAUGUCAACUUGUGGAUUUUCUCCAACUCAUGUAACUUUUGCUUGAAGUAGUACUUAGUGAAUGGCCUGAGCCAGGACAGCAGUGCAGAAGUCUGACCUCUCCUACUAAGUAAUCCAGGUUCACAAUAGUCUUCACAGCAACUGUGUCCUCUCUUCAAGCAAAGGGUGGUGAACAAUGUUUUAGUCCAACAAUACAACUUGAAACUGGCCAG